AUGUCUGGAAGAGUACAAAACAAGCGACCAGCACCUAGCGGCGGUGGCGGCGACUGGAAGAAGCCCAAGUUCGGCGGCAGCUCAGAGGGAAAUGGCGGCAGAGGAGGCUUUGGCGGGGGUGGCCGGGGUGGUCGUGGCCGAGGAGGUGGUAGUGGAGGUGGACGGGGUCGCGGCGGUGGAUCUGGCGGAGGCGGCGGCGGACGCGACGGCAAAUCAUACGGCGGCAAGCCAUCCUACGGCUCCUCCGCUCCUUCAUACGGCAACAACAACGGAGGCGCCCGAAAUUAUGGUGCCGCUAACAAGGGCAAGGGCAAGGAGGAAUACGACGAGCCCGCCAAGAAGCGGAAACAGCCCGUCACUCUCGGCGGUGGGGAAGUGGACGCCGACGCUUCCGAAGGAGAGGAAGAGGAUGUCGAUAUGGACGGAGACGAGGAGGCUGGGUAUGCGGACACGGACAAGGUCGUGCCCAACGAUGCUGGAACGGGGGAGAAGCGGGCUCGUAUGAGCAAGGAGGAGAGACUGGCGCUUCAUGCGGCUCAGCCACACCGGACGACCCUGCUCCCUAGCCAUGGGCUCCUUGUUUCGCUGUUGCCGCUCUGGGAGCGCGCGCGGAAGGUCGAGGUGACGAAGGAGGAGCGGAGGACGGCGAUUGUGGAGUUAUGGGAGGCGGUCAAGGGACGUGUGGGGGAGAUUAGUAAAGGCCACAAGGGAGGGAGAAUACUGCAGACUAUUGUCAAGUACGGAGGCAAGGAAGAGCGCCUCGGUGUCGCGCAAGAACUUCGACCACAAUGGCGCGUCAUGAUGGAAUCCAAGUACUCCAAGUUCCUCAUGUCCAAGCUUAUCCGAUACUGCCCCUCGAUCCGCCCUCAGCUCAUCGCCGACAUUCGCCCCGCUCUUCCCUCUCUGCUCGCCCACGCAGAGGCCGUACAGCCCCUCUCGGACUUUUUUGAUCUCUACGCUACCGCCAAGGAGAAGCGGCAGCUCGUGCGGGGCUUCUACCCGAAGGAGGUGCUGGUAUUCGAUACAGGCAAAGAUGGGGAGAAGGGGCUGGAGGAGAUUUUGGCGGAUAUCGGGGAAGAAGGUCAGGGGAGGUCGAGAGUGUUGGAUGGAGUGGAGAAGCAUGUACUGGGACCGUUCAAUGCCACGCAAAAGACUGCCCUGGCUCAGGCGAUCUUUCAUCGGCUGGUACACGAGUAUCUGGACUGUGUGUACCGCUUCUUGGACGCCGAAGAGGCCGACAAGAAGAUGCACGAGCUCCUUUCCACAUCCCUCGAGUCCCUUCCCGAAAUCGUCCACACCAAAGACGGGUCCGCUGUCGUGCGCCAACUCCUCGUCCGCGGCAACGCCAAAGACCGAAAACAAACCCUUCAGCAACUCCGAAAACACAUACCCGCCAUGGCCAAAGACGCCGACGCUCAGCUCGUGCUCUUCACAGCCUUCGACUGCGUGGACGACACGAAGCUCAUGGGCAAAGCGUUUGUCGCUGACAUUAUCGCCCUCACGCCCGAGCUGGCCAGCGACAAGAAUGGCCGUCGAUCACUCAUGUACCUCCUCACGCCGACAUCGACCAAGCACUUUUUACCGGCCGUCGUCAAAGAUCUGGCCGAGUCGUCCGAGAUGGCCCGGAAGAUCGGGACGAGCAAGAAGGACAAGGAUGUCAGGCGGAAGGAGCUGGUCGGGUACGCGAGCGAGGGGCUGUUGGAGCAGGUCAAGAUGAAGGCGGAGGAGAUGGUCAGGGAUCCAGGAUCAGGAUUGGUCGUACAGGAGAUCAUGCUAUACACUGAGGGUGACAAGACCGCCGCUGUCCAAGCUCUCGUCGAACCCCUGCGUAACCCCUUCCCCGAAUCCCCUUCCUCCCUCUCAGACACCGACUCACCCGUACCCGACAAUGCCCACCUCCUCGAGUUGUCCCACUGCGUCCGGACAUACAAAACCAUCCUCUCCGGCGGCCACUUUGACGCCAGCUCCAAAUCCGUCAAAGUCCUCGAUGCGGCGCUUCCCCCUCUCAUGUCGUCAGCCCUGCUCGAAGCUAUCUCCAGUGCAGACGCUGGCGGUGCGGAGAACACCGUCCGGAUCGCUUGUGCGGCACCGUUUGUGCUCGUUGAGCUGAUCGCAGCGCUGGAUGGGAAGGGACAAGGGGAGAUCAAGAAGAUCUUGGGAGGGAAGGAGGCGAAGGAGGCUAUUGGAGCGAGCGAGGCCAAGGGCGCGGGGCUGCUUUUGGAGCGGAUCGAGGCGUUGUGA